GGUAACUGUAUGCGACUUCUUCUUUUGUUCAAAGAACGUACACAAAACGUCCAGCGCUGUCCGCCGCUUUAAUUCAGUCCGGUCUUUCUACUUAAUAAUCGAUAUUCAUCAUGAAACUAGUCAGGUUUCUGAUGAAGCUCAGUCAUGAGACGGUCACCAUCGAGCUGAAGAACGGAACGCAGGUCCACGGAACCAUCACAGGCGUGGAUGUGAGCAUGAACACCCACUUGAAGGCCGUGAAAAUGACCCUGAAAAAUAGAGAGCCCACCCAGAUGGAGUCUCUGAGCAUCCGUGGGAACAACAUCCGCUACUUCAUCCUGCCCGACAGCCUUCCACUGGACACACUGCUGGUUGAUAUCGAGCCCAAGAUAAAGUCCAAGAAGAGAGAAGCGGUGGCCGGACGGGGACGUGGUCGUGCACGAGGCCGUGGCAGAGGAAGAGGACGCAGCCGGGGCGGCCCCAGGAGAUAGACGCUGUACUGGGGACACGGCUCAUCUUUUUUGCUGUUUUUGUACAGUAUUUCUUUUUUUUUUCCCAGGAGAAAUGACUUGUGAACUAACUUUUGUUCGUUUUCUUUUAUUUUGUACAUUAAAAUGC